AACAGGCUCGAGAAGUUAGUGCGGGUUCGUUUAUGUCGUGGGCUCGCACGGAAGUCAAUUGCACACGACAUCAUACGACUGUGCGGCUGACGCGUUUGUUUGUGUCGUAGACUCACCAGGAAGUUAAAUUCAAUCGUCAACGACGGCGCCCGUUUUGCAUUCCAGUUAUUGAUUGUCCAGCUCUGUCAAAAGCGUCUGCGCUGCGGCAAAUUUGGUCGCUCGGUGCUUUGAAUAUUGCCCGCGUCGUACCGUAGACGACAAUGAAAAGCGGAAGCUACACGUGCAUGAUAUUGACCAGUAUGGUGUCAUUGUUGUUUCUCAUGAUGGUUCUGUACGACGUCUUCAGCCCCCAGCAGGCUGGCAGCUCCAUCCUAAAACAGGACUACCAGCUGUUGGGCAGGCCACUGUACAAACUGGACAUGAACUGGCCCAAAAACCCUGAACUCCUGUCUGGGAAUGUGUUUGGAGUGGCUGUCAACCAGUACGCCGGUGUUGUGUAUGUGGCACAGAGAGGUGACAAGGUGCCCAAGGUGCUGGUGUUUACAACAGAAGGCGAUUUCCUCAUGUCCUGGAAUACAACUACCUUAGAGAUGCCCCACGGUAUAUUUUUAGCAGAUGCCGUGUCAAACCCGACUGUCUGGAUCACAGAUGUGGGAAAAGGUCCGUAUGGCCACUGCAUCAAACGGUACUCGCCGUCAGGGAAUCUUCUGCAGUUGCUUGGUACACCAGGAAAAGCUGGCUCUGGCCUUAAUCCUCUGCAGUUUGACCAGCCAGCUGAGAUCUACGUCCAUGACUCCGGGGAAAUUUACAUCGUGGACGGUGACGGUGGGAUGAAUAAUCGGCUCAUCAAAUUAUCCAAAGAGCAGGAAGUGUUGUGGGUGCAUGGAGAAAAGGGACCAGGCCUGGCUCAGUUCUACAUCCCCCACAGUGUGACCAUCGACAAUGCUCAAAGGGUAUGGGUGGCUGACAGGGGGAACAAGAGGAUCCAGGUCUUUAACUCCAUUACGGGGGACUGGCUGGGCUCAUGGGGGAGCUGCUUCACUGAGGAUGCACCUUACUCAGUUCGCUUGACACCUGACAAGAAAUAUUUUGUUGUAGUCCAGCUCAACACCAACCAGAUUUCACUACUGGAUGCACCCCCGGUAGGUUUAAUUGGCCAGUGCAGGGUGGUCAGUGUGAUUCAACUGGCUGAUGACGUCAAGCCACAUUUGGUUGACUUGGACCUGAAGUCGGGGGCACUGUAUGUAGCUGAAAUCGGUGCCCAGCAGGCACAGAAGUUCACCCCCUUCAGCCUAGGUGGGGGCUUUGUAUAAAACAGAAGUGAACUGCCCUAGUUGAAAACAUUGCCAAAUAAUUAAACAUUAUAACAAAUGACAAAUAAAUAGAAUGGCCUGCUGCUUCCAUACAGUGAAACCCUUAGGGUCAAACACAACCCAUUUGGGGAUUCUGGCUGACUUCCAAGUCUGACAAUAAGUUAGCCAGUCUAAAUGUACCGUAUUUUCCGGACUAUAGAGCGCAUCGGAAUAUAAGCCUCGCCCACUAAAUUUGUAGAAAUGUAUUUUUUUUUUUUACAUAUAUUAGCCGCAGCAGACUAUAUGCCGCGGAUAUAUACGUUGUGAAAUUAGAUAUUUACACAGAUUUUGUAAAUGUUUAUUUACAUACCUUAAUUGUUUCCAAACAGUGCCUGUAAAACAGAAAAGUCAUUGUUUUUAGUGCACCUCCUCCUGUUCACUGAAACAACUGAAGUCGUCUUCUUCAGUGUCGGAGUUGAAGAUCCUCAGAACGUCUCCGUCACAAAACCAUUUCAGUCUCUCUGCCGGUGUCGCUCUCAAUGCCAUUUUCAUCUCGAGGCACAGUUACCGCCGGAGUUGUGCUGUUCUCCUCACGUAGCAGUCCAGCCUUUUUCGAGAUCCGUUGGCGAUCGUAGAUUCUUUCACACUGCUCCACGCUUUUAAGAUCCACCGGCAGACCUCAGAAAAGGAUGAUCUUCGCGUGCGAUCGGUUUUUGUGAAAGAUUUCCCGCCGCUGGUCAUCCAAGCCUCCCACUUCACCUCGGAGUGCCGCUUUAAAAGCACGCUAGUCAGAUCAUACGCUUUUCUUCUUGUACUUUCCAUGAUGAGGGUGUGGGGGAAAAAAAUAAAAAAUAUUUCGUGCGUGUCGUGCUGCGUUUUGCGUUGAGCGCGCCAAAAACUAGCAUCGUCGUCUUCUGCACGCUCGAGGCAUCUGCGCACGGCCAAACCCGAGUGCAUUAUGGGAAACGGUCAUGUUUUAAGCAUUUAUAUAUGAUCUCUAUUUUAACCGCAUCGUUGCAUAGGCCGCAGGGUUUAGAGCGCGAAAAAAAAAGUAGCGGUUUAUAGUCCGGAAAAUACGGUAAUAUGUUAAGACAAUGAAGCAAUUAAAACAGUCUCUUUAGUUUAAUGACAAAUGAGGCUGUAAUAAAACUUGCCUCGCUGAUCACAUUGCGUUCUUAAACAUUACUAACUCGCGCAUAGCUGUUAUUCUUUGGGUUAAUCUGGAAUGUGUUUUAGAUUAUG